AUGGAGGCAAGCAGAUCAGAAAUUUCUGCAGCUGAUGAAAGCGAGGAAGUAAUGUAUACUUCUGUCAAAUUCUCUCAGACUCCUCCGCCGAGGGCCAAAGCUCCACAGGAAAAAAGAGCUCCCUGUCUGUGGUCAGCAGUUCUGAAGGGCUUGGCCAUAGGCUUCGGGACACUGAGCAUCUUCCUAGCAAUUGCUUUGAUUUGGAAGAUGAGUGACUGCCACCCACAGUGCCCUCAACAAUGGGUGGCCUACAGAGGGAGCUGCUACUCCUUCUCCACAGAGAAGAAGGACUGGAAUUCCAGCCAGGAAUCCUGCAGGGCACAGGGAGCUCACCUCCUGGUGAUCAGUGAUACCUGGGAGAUGGAUUUGUUCAAGCGUAUUCAAGCAGAAUGUUUUUGGAUUGGACUGAGGAACAGUACAAGCUCUGGAUGGAUUUGGGAGGAUGGCUCUGUAUUAAGUGAUGCCAAGGUCCACUCUAACAGCCCUGUGCAAAAUUGUGCUGUCCUGAUGAAAGAUCAGUUUCAUGCCUCCAGCUGUGAAGUUUGGGCUCCAUGGAUCUGUGAAAAAACGCUUAGAUAAAUCCCAUGUGCUUUUUCAUGUCACAGCAACCUCAUCAGUGGUAUGAGUUGAUUGUUGUCCUGCAAAUUGAAGCUUCACACAAGAGCAAGGACUUGUCUUUUCCAUACCUUCACUAAAGUGUUUUACAAGGGCAGGUUUGUUGUCCAUAAGGGUGAAUUACUCUCAGCAAUAGAAAAUCUAUUCUCGGACCACAAGUGCUGGAUUACUGCUGUUUGUGACCAGAUGAGACCUGGGACAUAUUCACUGGCCUACUCUUUCCCUUAUUUAUUCUAUAAGGGCAAAUAAAAACUUUGUCACAACAGGUGUCUUCAGACCUCUGAGGGGGACAUAGUCAUUUUCCUUCACUUUUAAGUAUUAGAUUUCAUUUCCAUUCCCUGCAUCUCCAUUGUCUAAUAUCAGAAGGACCAGGAAAAUGAGGCCUGCUGUUCAUUGACAGAAAUAUAUAAAUAUAUUUCUCCCAGGCAGCUUCUCCUUUUGCAUCCCAGUGGUAUGAGUGGGA